AAAUUGAUGAAGCAGUAAUUGAUUUAUUUCCAGAAACAUUAUUGGCUUCACACACAUUUGAAAUAUAUAGAUUUUGUGUAAGUCAAAUUGAAGAUGCUAUUAGAAAACAAGUACAUGAAUCAAAAAUAAAACCAACUGGACAAAGUAGUAAUACAACUGGACAAAGUAGUAAUACAACAAGAAGCAAAAAGGCAAAAACCGG